AUGAAGGAGGAGGUGGGGGAGGAGGGGAUGGAGUCGUUCGAGCCGACGGAGGACGAGCUGGUGCUGCACUUCCUGCGGCCGCGGCUGCGCGGGUUCGCGCCGCGCGUGGCGGGCGCGGUGGUGGAGGCGGACCCGUGCGCGGCGCCGCCGUGGGAGCUGCUGGAGCGGCACGGCCUGCUGGGGCGCGGCCACGGCUACUUCUUCGCGGCGCGGCGGCGCGGGAAGGUGCGGCGCACCCCGGAGGGCGGCGGCGGCGCGUGGAUGCACAGCGGCAACAAGGAGGACCGCCGGUCCGUGACGGAGCUGGGCGUGGUCGCGCGCUGGUGCAUGACGCGGUACUGCUUCUACCUCCGCGGCGGCGACGGGGCGCAGCAGGGGCGGCGGAGCACCGGGUGGGUCAUGUCCGAGUACGAGAUCACGGACCCGCGGUGCUACCGCCGCGCCGAGGAGGACCAGUACUGGGUGCUCUGCCACGUCCGCCGCAGCAUCAGGGAGAACGUCAAGCCGCGCUCCCGGAGGCGGUAG